UUUUUUACAUCUCAUUAACAUUUUUUUGUUGCCUAGAUAAAAUGUCCCUUCAUGUUUUCAGAUUUUUUCAUCUCUUUGUUCUUGCAAUUUUCAUCUUUCGUGGUUCUUGUUACUCACAGAGAGGUCCACAUUACAGAUUUAUGAGAGAUGCGUCAAUGGCACCAAUGUUGUCUCGCUACGACUACAUCGUCAUCGGAGGAGGGACAUCGGGUUGCGCGUUGGCCGCCACCCUCUCAGGCGGCUCGCCCUACGAGAACCCGAGGGCCACCGAUAUCGGGAGCUUCGCAACCACGCUCUCGGAGACGACCCCGAGCUCGUGGUCGCAGCUCUUCAUAUCGGAGGAUGGCGUGUACAACGCGCGCGCGCGUGUGCUGGGCGGAGGGUCCGUGCUCAACGCGGGGUUCUACACGCGCGCGAGUGACGACUACGUGAGGGGGGCCGGGUGGAGGAAGGAUGACGUGGAGGCGGCCUACGAGUGGGUCGAGAGGAAAGUGGCCUUCGAACCGCCGGUGAUGGCGUGGCAGUCGGCAGUGAGGGAUGGUCUCGUGGAGGUAGGGGUGGUUCCGUACAACGGGUUCACGUACGAACAUAUACACGGGACAAAGAUCGGUGGGACCAUCUUUGAUCGGUCCGGGCACAGACACACGGCCGCCGACUUGUUGGAGUACGCUGAUCCUACGAGACUCGUCGUCUACUUGCAUGCGUGUGUUCAUAAGAUCCUCUUCAGCUCCAAAGGAAGGCCGAGGGCAAGAGCCUACGGAGUGAUAUUCCGAGAUGGAAACGGGGUGUUCCACAGGGCGGAGCUGGCGAAGAACUCGCUGAACGAGAUCAUCCUGGCCGCAGGGGCCAUCGGGAGCCCGCAGCUGCUGAUGCUGAGCGGAGUGGGACCACGAGCUCACCUCAGGACACGUGGAGUGAAGCCGUUGGUCGAUCAGCCUAUGGUCGGGAGAGGGAUGGGAGAUAACCCGAUGAACGCACUCUUCAUACCGUCUCCUCUUCCCGUGGAAGUGUCGCUUAUACAAGUCGUCGGCAUAACCAAUUUCGACAGUUUCAUCGAAGCUGCCAGUGGCUUGAGCUUCUCGUAUAGUUGGACUCGUAGAUUCUUUGAAGGAAUCUUGAAUGUUCUCAACGAGACAAAUCUUAGUCCUAAAACUUUUUCGACCCAACCCAUAGAAGACAUGCUCAGAUCCAUGGAUCCUCUGCUGAAUGCAACGACGCGAGCCGGCGUGAUCUUGCAGAAAGUGUCCGGACCAAUGUCACGAGGACAUCUGGAGCUUCGGAACACAAACCCAUACGACAACCCUUCUGUCAGAUUCAACUACUUCCAAGAACCAGAGGAUCUGAGGAAGUGCGUUCAAGGGCUUAGCACGAUCAUCAAAGUGUUCAACACGAGGGCAUUCUCCAAGUUUCGGUAUCCGGACAUGUCUGUUCCUAGGCUGUUGAAUCUUAUGCUGAGUGUUCCGACCAAUCUGAGGCCGAGACAUGUGACCUCGACUUUCAAUCUUGAGCAGUUUUGCAUCGAUACCGUUAUGACUAUCUGGCAUUACCACGGAGGUUGUCAAGUCGGGAGAGUGGUUGACAAGAAUUACCGGGUUUUUGGCGUCGACGCUAUGAGGGUCAUCGAUGGAUCCACGUUUCUCGAGUCUCCCGGGACGAAUCCUCAAGCCACGGUCAUGAUGCUCGGAAGGUACAUGGGACAGAAGAUGCUUCGCGAGAGAGCGGCUUUCGCCGAGAGGAAGAACCAUGAUGAGAAGCAAGAAUGACAUCUUUGUUUCAAUCUCUUUUCUGAGAAAGUUCUAAUAAAUAUAUAUUUCGGUUUGCAAUCAUUUUUGGUUCGACGUCGGGCGUCUUUGGAACUGCAUAUCGCGGUUCAAGUAAGGUGAAAAUUGAAAGAACGGAAAAAUUCAGAUGGAGUUUCAUAAAAAGGGAACGACUAUAUAUGUAAUAUACCUAUAGCAUAUGCUGAAAUAUAAAGUUAUUGUUCCCUUUUACGAUCUUUUCUUUUGGUUCUUGGACUUUUGGAGAGAAAGGAUGGAAUCAUCUUUAAUAUA